UCCAAGCAGACCAGGGCAACGGAGACGCCCAGGGUCCACCAGCUCCUAAGGAAACACCUGGGGACCCGUGGAGAGUGAGGGCUCUGGAAGCUCCUGCCUUUUUAUUUUCCUGCAAGGAAAUCCAUUCUGGCCGUUGGCCCGUGUACGGAGCUGUUGGGCUGGGUGCUGCCUGGGCCUCCUACCCACCUCCCCCAGAGAAGGCCGUCUCCCGGAUCACUCAGCCUGCGCUUUCAUGCCUGGGGAGUGUAAAGCUUGUCCAGCUGGUCACACUGCACACUGCUGGGACCCAGGGUGCUCUCCCGGGCCCACUCUGAAUGGGGCACAGGCCGGAAGCCCCCAGACCCCUGACUAAGAGGGUUGGGGUGAAGAUGCUCAGAGACAGGGAGGCCAGUGCCCAUGACUUCUGAGUAAAGACUGGCCAGGCCCAGUCUGAGGGAGUGGGCCCAAGGAAUGGCACAGCUUCAGACAGACUUCCCACACCUGGAGGCCGGGGCCCCGUGCCACAGUUCAGACGAGUGGCGUUGAGGGGAAGAGUGUGAGAAGGGAAUCUGGGAUCUCGCCCAGCUGGUGUACCCCAGCGACUCCCGGCUCACGGACAAGGAGGUGGGUCCUGCCCUUUGGGAACGGACAUCGCCUGGGGAGCAGGCCCUCACCCGGUUUCCUGUGUUUCAGAAAAGUAGCAUCUGCUACUUGUCCUUUCCCGACUCCCACUCAGGCUGCCUCGGGGACACUCAGUUCAGCUUCCGCAUUCGUCAGUGUGGAGGGCAGCGGCACCUCUGGCACGCAGAUGACAGGCACGGUGACAGCGGGGUCCCCGUGUCUCUGCAGGUGGGCCAGGGCUGCCUCUCCUCGUGGGCCAGGGUCAGGCGGGUACGAGUAGCCCCUUCAAGGCGUCUGGCUGUGUGGCGGGAGAGGGUCUCCAACUGCUGAAAGCUGGGCCCAGCAGCCUGGCCUUGAUUUGGAGGGGGGCAGCCCUUCUGAGGACUUGCCAGGGUCCCUGGAGCUUUUCCAGUGCACCAGGUGUGCACCAGGGUAUGGCUUGGUGUGUGGAGGCCAGCAGAAGUCUCCAGAUGUGCCCAGCCCCCAGACUGCUCACCACUGUGUCCGUGGAGACGUCCCUCAAAGAGGAGUUGCCCGCCUUCUGGGCCACGACUCCCAGGCCUGACCCCAUGGCUGGGUCCAGGCGGGCAGGAGGAAGCCUGGGCAGUGGGUAGGGCCUGGCCGACACCACUCCUUCCAGAGGGAGGCUGCACACUACUUUGGCUACGUGUACUUCAGACAAGUGAAGGACAGCUCCGUGAAGAGGGGCUACUUCCAGAAGGUGAGCCCCUGGCCAUUCUGAGGUGGUGCUGCAGGGAGGCGGGGGCCAGCAGCCACAGGGAGGGACUGCCACUGAGCUGCCAGGGCAGUAGGCCCUGCUGCCCCAUCCUCGCCCAGAACAGCACCCACAGCUCUGUGUCUGGGCCCAGGACAUCCCUGUCCCUUGCUGCUGGUGGGAGGGCGGCCCUCAUCACCCUUUCAAGAUUAGGACAACUUCAGUCUUGAACUCAAACACCAAAAGACACUCUUGUUUGACCCGUGGGAGAUCAUCCCAGAAAUCUUGGCCACGUGCAUUCCCCUCUGAAGGCUGGGGUCCUGCCCCGCCCUGCUGUCAUUGGGGUUUUCUAAUAACCCCAGAGUCCCAAAUUCCUGGGGACAGCUGUGCUAUGGAGUAGGUAGGACGUCCUGCCCUGGGCGGACUCUGGAUGAGCCAGGUCUCAGAGGUCCCUGCAGGGUCCUGAGUGGCCGAGGUGACGUCUCACCGGCCUUUGGGCCCUGCAGUCUCUGGUGCUGGUGUCCCGCCUGCCCUUUGUCCGGCUCUUCCAGGCACUGCUGAGCCUGAUUGCCCCUGAGUACUUCGACAAGCUGGUGCCCUGUCUGGAAGCGGUGUGCAGUGAGAUUGACCAGUGGCCAGCCCCCAUGCCUGGGCAGACCCUGAACCUGCCUGUCAUGGGAGUCGUCCUCCAGGUGCACAUCCCAUCCAGGGCAGACAAGCCAGAAUCCAGUCCUCCAAAGCAGUGCGGCCAUGAGAACCUGCUCCCAGCCCCCGUGGUCCUCAGCAGUGUCCACGAACUGGACCUGUUCAGGUGCUUCCAGCCCGUGCUGGCCCACGUGCAGAUGCUGUGGGAGCUCAUGCUCCUCGGGGAGCCACUGGUGGUCCUGGCACCCUCACCUGCCGUGUCCUCGGAGAUGGUGCUGGCCUUGACCAGCUGCCUGCAGCCCCUCAAGUUCUGCUGCGACUACCGCCCUUACUUCACCGUCCACGACAGUGAGUUCAAGGAGUUCACGACGCGCACGCAGGCCCCACCAAACGUGGUCCUGGGGGUCACAAACCCUUUCUUUAUCAAAACACUCCAGCAUUGGCCCCACAUCCUCCGCAUCGGGGAGCCCAGGAUGUCAGGGGACCUUCCUAAGCAGGUCAAGCUGAAAAAGCCCUCAAGGCUGAAGACCCUGGACACCAAGCCAGGCCUCUACACGGCAUACACGGCCCACCUCCACCGAGACAAGGCUCUGCUCAGACGGCUGCUGAAGGGCCUGCAGAGGGAGCGGCCUUCAGACCUGCUGAGCGCCCUGCUGAGGAGGCACCUCCUGGAGCUGACACAGAGCUUCAUCAUCCCUCUGGAGCACUACAUGGCCAGCCUCAUGCCCCUGCAGAAGAGCAUCACGCCCUGGAAGGUGUGGUCCGGGACCCCUCCCCAGAUCCGCCCCUUCCGCCAGGAUGACUUCCUGCGUAGCCUGGAGCACUCAGGGCCCCAGCUCACCUGCAUGCUUAAGGGCGACUGGCUGGGCCUCUACAGGCGGUUUUUCAAGUCCCCCCAUUUUGAUGGCUGGUACCGGCAGCGGCACAAAGAGAUGGCCCAGAAGCUGGAGGCCUUGCACCUCGAGGCCAUUUGUGAGGCGCAGAACAUUGAGAUCUGGAUGAAGGACAAGUCCGAGGUGGAGGUCGUGGACCUGGUUUUGAAACUUCGGGAGAGGCUGGUUCGGGCACAGGGUCACCAGCUUCCCGUGAAGGAGGCAACAAUGAAGCGGGCACGGCUGUACAUCGAGACGGUCGUCCGCUCUCUGCCCAUGGACCUGCAGGUGGUCCUGUGCUCUCCCUAGUUCGGCCCGAGGGGCAUGGCCCAGGGACGUGGCCACCGGCACCUCCUUCUCCCCAGUCAAGCACAAGUGCCCCCACCCAAAUUCCUGCUGCUCCAGGCUUUGGCUUCCUGCCUGGCACCACCAUUGUCCCAGCCGCAAAGGUGACAUUUGGAACCACAGCCUGGCCCCUGGCUGUCAGCAGAUCACGUGCUGGCCAGAGCCUCACCUCCCCCUGGGCCCCACCUGCCCUCUACAGGGUCUUAGGCUGGGGGUGGGGCCAGCUGUGAGCCUUGGCUGAUCUGAUCUGGGCCCACGGCCACCUACCCCCUCCAGGUGCCCAUCUGCCCAAGCCCAGGCCUUGUAUCUGGUGGGUCCUUUGGCCCCACCAGGCUGCCCAGCCCAGGACAGGAGGAGGCAGCUGACAGGCAGACCUCUCCUCACACAGCCCACCUACUUGUCUUGCCUGAGGCUGGAGGAGUCCUUCCUACAGCCUGGGAGGGGCAGGGCUCUGCCCUGUGGUUUGUUGGGAUGCCGCCAGGGCCCUGGUGGCUGCUGGGAGGGUCCAGAGCCUUGUCCUCGUUCUAUCCUGGAACCCCGCUCCCAGCACCAGCCCUGUCUGCUCUGUCCCACAGUGCUUGGCUGACAGGUGCCCCCCACGUGCAGUCAGAUGGGUUUCAGAUUAGCCCGACCAGGCCCCUCAGCUGGAGCCCUCAACAGCCACCGCAGCUUGGAAUCACCGCGCUCCUUGGCCAUUAGGGAAAGGCCCGGAGAGGUGACCCAUUCCCCCAUGUGACACCUUGGAGCACUGGGCCCAGCAGUGGUUGGUGCUGUCACAGCUCAGCACAGGGUGACGGCAGCACUGUUAGCCAUCACGGGAGAGGUGUUGAGGCGAGGACCCAGAGUUGCAGGUCUUUGGGUAAGUCCAACCUUACCCAACCC